ACAUUUUGACGGACGCAGUCAGGAACAGACAGACAGGAUGCAUAUGGACCUGGUGUGGCUGGCAGUGGUGUCUCUCUCCUUACCCCUGAUCUCAGAAUGCACUCCGCUCUACAUCAUGUCGGCCCCUAACCUCCUGAGGGUGGGUACGCCAGAGAACGUGUUUGUGGAGGCACAGGACUAUACCGGUGGGGGAAACAUUAACGUGAAAAUUGUGGUGAAAGACCAUCCACGAAAGAGCGAAUAUAUAGUGUCCAAAAAUGUUGUUCUGACUGCGGCCAACAACUAUCAACUUCUAACAAGCAUAGAGAUUCCAAACUCAAACGAUUUGUUUGGUGAGGAUCCCAUGGAGAAGCAGUAUGUUUACCUGCAGGCCCAGUUCCCUGGCAGUUUGCUGGAGAAAGUGGUCCUGAUCUCUUUCCAGUCUGGCUAUAUAUUCAUUCAGACUGACAAGACCAUUUAUACACCAGAUAACGCAGUUCACUACAGGCUCUUCUGUGUAAAUCCUGGACUACAACCUAUGACAAGUGGAAUCUCUGUGGAAAUUAUGACCCCAGACAAUAUCAUCAUUCACAAAGAGAUUGUCUUUCCAUGGAAAGGGGUUAAGUCUGGAAAGUACCAGUUACCUGAAAUCACUAGCUCAGGGACCUGGAAAGUGGUAACAAGUUUCUUAAGUUCCUCACAGAAGAAAUUUACUGCUGAUUUUGAAGUUAAAGAAUAUGUGUUGCCCAGUUUUGAGGUUACUCUGAAGCCCAGCAAGUCCUUCUUCUACAUCGAUGAUGUAGAGCUUAAAGUUCAAAUACAGACAAGGUAUUUGCAUGGAAAUGAGGUGACAGGAACAGGUUUUGUGAUGUUUGGAGUGAUGUCAGAUGUGAAGAGAACCCUUCCUGGAUCUCUGCAGAGAGUAGAGAUUAGAAAUGGCUUAGGUGAGGCAGUACUGAAGAAAAGUGAUAUCGAGCAGACCUUCCCUAACAUUAAUGAACUUGUUGGGCAGUCCAUAUACAUAACUGUCAGUGUAUUAACAGAAACUGGCAGUGAAAUGGUAGAGGCACAAAAGGGUGGCAUUCAGAUUGUGACAUCACCAUACACCAUUCAGUUCAAGGGAACUCCCAAAUACUUCAAACCUGGAAUGCCGUUUGAUGUCUCGAUCUAUGUAACCAAUCCUGACCAAUCACCAGCAAGAGACAUUGAAGUGGUGGCUCAGCCUGGUGGAGUCAGUGCUAGAACCAAACCAAAUGGGAUGGCAAAGCUCACGGUCAACUCCGAGGGAGGAUCCUCCAAACUGGACAUCUCUGUCAAGACUAGCGAUCCACGGCUUACGGAUGCUAGACAGGCGAACAACCACAUGUCUGCCUUAGCUUACACAACCAAAGGUGGCUCCCAAAACUACCUGCACAUUGUGGUACAUGCCACAGAACUCACUGUUGGAGAUCAAUUCAAGGUCAUCCUCUUGCUGAAUAACAGGCUGGGGAGCCAGGAGCAUGAUUUGACUUACAUGAUUCUCAGUAAAGGACAGAUUGUGAAAGUUGACAAAUUUAAGAGGAGGGUCCAGGCUCUGGUGACUUUAUCUUUAACAGUGACAAAGGACAUGGUUCCUGCUUUCCGUCUGGUGGCGUAUUACCACGUAGGUUCCUCGGAGGUUGUGUCUGACUCAGUCUGGGUUGACGUGAAGGACACCUGCAUCGGAGCGCUGAAAGUGGAAGCUAUUCGUGCCAGGGACACAUACAGUCCUGGUAAACCUUUCAAUCUAAAGAUCACUGGAGACCCUGGGGCUAAGGUUGGGCUGGUGGCUGUGGAUAAAGGAGUCUAUGUGCUCAACAACAAGAACAGACUCACCCAAACCAAGAUCUGGGACAUCAUUGAGAAACAUGACACUGGUUGUACGGCUGGUAGUGGUAAAGACAGUAUGGGAGUUUUCUCUGAUGCAGGACUGCUGUUUGAGUCCAAUACUGCAGGAGGCACUGACUCCAGAACAACAGCACAGUGCCCCAGCCCUUCAAAGAGGAGACGCCGUGAUGUCGCUAUUGUGGAGAUGACAAACAGACUGGCUGAUAAAUACUCAGGUCUGUUGAAGCAGUGUUGUCUGGAUGGAAUGAGAGAGAAUAAACUGGGCUACACAUGUGAGAGGAGGUCAGAGUUCAUCAUUGAUGGGGACGAGUGUGUGAAGGCUUUCAUUCACUGCUGCAAGGAAAUGUUCACUCGCAAACAAGAGGCCAAGGAUGAACAGAUGCUUCUCGCUCGCAGUGUUGAACAGGAUGAGGUUAUCGGGAGCGAGAGGACAAAAGGUCAGGUACCUGGUAAACGAGUCAGCAAACACACAGCUGAGACAGAUAAAGCUGAUAAGGCAUUCUCUGUGGAUUCUGAUGAAAUCAUAUCACGUACUCAGUUCCCAGAAACCUGGCUUUGGGAAGAUGAACUGCUUCCUCAGUGUCCAGACAUCAAGCCAUGUUCCACGACAUCUAUUACCAAGAGCAGCUUCCUGAAAGAUUCCAUCACUACCUGGGAAAUCACAGCUAUCAGCCUGUCUCCAUCUCUUGGUAUCUGUGUGGCAGACCCCUAUGAGAUGGUUGUUGUGAAAGAUUUCUUCAUUGAUCUGAAGUUGCCUUAUUCAGCUGUACGCAAUGAACAAGUAGAGAUCAAAGCCAUCCUGCAUAACUACAAUGACUAUGACCUAGAAAAGGUGCGAGUGGAGUUGAUGAAGACUGAAAAUGUGUGUAGUUCUGCCAGCAAGAGGGGCAGAUACCGCACCUACGUAAGGGUGAAUAAAAUGUCUACCCUUGCUGUGCCUUUUGUCAUCUUCCCAUUGGAACUGGGUGAGCAUUAUAUCGAAGUGAAAGCCUCUGACUCAAAAGGUCGAAACACAGACGGCAUCAGGAAGGAACUGCGCGUGGUGCCUGAGGGUGUGUUAACCAAGCUUGAGGUGAAGAAUCUGGAGCUGAACCCAGUUAAACAUGGUGGUGAACAGGUUGAGUUUAUUAAGAGUGAUCCUCUUACAGGACGGGUGCCCAACACCCCAGCUAGCAAAUACUUAGCAGUGAGAGGUGAAGGGAUCAGCCAGACCCUUGAGCAGGCAAUCAGUGGAGACUUCAUGGGCUCCCUCAUCGUCCAGCCAGUUGGCGACGGAGAACAAAAUAUGAUUCACAUGACCCUUCCCCUCAUCGCCACACACUACCUGGACAACACCAAGCAGUGGGACCGUGUGGGACUGAACCGCAGAAAUGAGGCCAUAAAACACAUCACCACAGGUUAUCAACGUGAGCUUGCCUUUUGUAAACCAGACGGCUCUUAUGCCGCACAGAUCAACAGAAAAAGCAGUACAUGGCUGACGGCAUAUGUGGCCAAAGUUUUCGCUAUGGCCAGUGACCUCAUCUCCAAUGAGGAUAAUGCGAUCUGCCGCCCCCUCAAGUGGCUGAUUCUGAAUGCACAGCUUCCUGAUGGCAGGUUCAAAGAAGAUGCUCCUGUAAUCCAUGGAGAGAUGGUGGGCAACGUGCGAGGGAAAGAUGCUGAUGUGUGUCUGACAGCGUUUGUGCUCAUCGCUAUGCAGGAGGGCAGCAGGUUCUGUGGAGGCUCUAUUAGCGCCUUAUCCAGCAGUAUGGGGAAAUCCAUUUCGUUUUUGGAACAUCGGUUACAGGAUUUGACAAACCCCUAUAGUGUUGCAAUUGUAUCUUGUGCACUGGCCAAUGCAGGCAAACUCAAUAAAGCCUUUCUAAUGGCGCACUCAACUCAAACACAAGAUGGCAUUUACUGGGAAGUCCCUGGGGCCCAUCAUUUCACAUUAGAGGCCACAGCCUAUGCCCUGUUAGCGCUGGUCAAAGCCAAUGACUUUUACAAAGCAGGACAGGUAGUUCACUGGCUGAACAGACAGCAAACUCACUAUGGAGGAAGUGGCACCACACAGGCAACCAUUAUGGUGUUCCAGGCUGUGGCAGAAUACCGUGUACAGGGGAGGAAGCAGCAGGAUUUAAAUCUAAAAGUGGAUGUUCACAUUUCCGCCAAACCAAGACCCAGCAAGUACACCAUUGGACAAUCCCAACUGCUACGCUUAGACAGGCUCCACAUUGACCAGAACCUCACUCUUGUUGCCACAGGAACUGGCACUGGACCUGUUACAGUGUUGACUCUGUACUACGCCAAACCUGUUACAAAGGAGAGUGACUGCAGACAUUUUGAUCUGGAAGUGACAAUGGACAAACAAGCUGAUGUAUCUUAUCCUGGCGCAAUAGAAACAUACCAGUUGAGCAUUGAAGUAUUCUAUAAGUCUGGGGACAGAGAUGCCACUAUGUCCAUUCUGGAUGUGGGUUUGCUGACAGGCUUUGUUGUGGACGAGCACGAUUUGAAUGAGCUAAUGACUGGACGAGACAGGUACAUCCAGAAGUUUGAGAUGGAUAAACAGCUGUCAGAAAGAGGCUCUCUCAUCAUCUACCUGGACAAGGUCUCUCAUAAGCACAGAGACAAAAUUGUUUUCAGGGUUCACAAAGUAAUGGACGGUCGCCUUCAACCUGCUGGAAUCACUGUGUAUGAAUACUAUGUUCCAGACCAACACUGUGUGAAGUUCUACCUUCCCAAAAAGAAAGAGGGGCAUCGUAACAGUGUAUGCCAUGGAGAACUGUGCCUAUGUGCAGAAGAAAACUGCAUUCGACAGAAGAAGGACAAAGUAUCAGAGAAAGAACGUGAGGACAAAGCCUGUGAGCCUGGCAUGGGUUAUGUUUACAAAGCUACUGUGGAAAGCGCAGAACUGACUGAAAACACGGAUAUUUACAACAUGAGGAUUGACCAAGUUAUUAAGGAAGGUACUGAUGCUGGAGUGGAGGGGAAAGAACGCAUCUUCAUGGCUCAGCCACACUGUAGAGAUGCCCUGGAUUUACUGCAAGGAAAGACUUACUUAAUUAUGGGACAAUUCACAGACUUAGUAAGGAUUGAUGGAAGAUUGCAGUAUUUACUGGGUGAGAAGACAUGGAUUGAGUACUGGCCCACGAGAGAAGAAAGCCAAACUCCACAGUACAGAGAAAGAUUCGCAGGCAUCAGAGGACUGGUCCGCAUGUUCAUGAGCCAUGGAUGCAGCACAAGAGGGUCCUCAACCAUAAAAAAAGAAAAUACGUGCAGUCUCCAGAGAAGUGAGAGACUGGAUGAGAACAAACGCACCAUCACGGCCUGUAACAAUGCCACAGACUAUGUCUACAGAGCGACAUUAGAAAGCUCUGAGGAAGACGCGUCCCAGGAGGCAUACAUCUACCACAUGAAGAUUACAGAAGUUCACAAACUGAGUACUGAUGACCACGUGUUUGGAAAGCAGCGCCCAUUCUCUUCUAGAUCAAUCUGUCACCAUGUCCUGGGCCUGGAGGAGGGCAAAAGCUAUCUGAUCAUGGGCCUCUCUAACCCUCCCGUUCUGGCUAAUGGAAGAUACCAGUACACUCUGGGAGAGCGGACAUGGAUUGAACAGUGGCCCACGGAGGAGGAGAGUAAGUUGAGUGAAGCCCUCAGAGAGUCCUAUAAGGGGAUGGAGAUACUCACAGAGAACCUCCUCUUUGGCUGCACUCCAUAGCAGCUCAGUUAUUGUGUCCAAAUGCUGCUCUCAACAAGCCUCUACACAGCUCUGCUCUGAACUCUUCUUGUCAAUGGUUCUCCAGCAUCUACAUUGUUUCCUUUCAGUAUGUUACACCUCUACAGAUUCCUGCCUGUAUAAUACAUGUUCUCUUUGGAGAAAAAAAGAGUGAAUAAACAAACAACCAAACAGACAAA